AUGCCAGGGAAGCAGAACGAGACGACGGAAGAACAGGAGGGCGAGGAGGCGGAGCCCCUGGUAGCGAAGGAGGGUGUCCCAGCAGGCGACGGCGCCACCUGGGCGGUGGAACUGCAGACCGCGUCCGCGGGGAUGCUGCGUCUCCGCGUUGUCUUCGGGCCUCGGUGCUUCUCGGUCGGUGCCUCGGCGCCGCUCGUGCCCACUCGGCCACGGCGCGCGGCAGGAGGGCCAGCCGUGAAGCAGGAGGUGAACCAGCCUGGCACCGUCGAGCCAGAGCUGACCGAGGCAGGCAACAACACGGAGGAGGACGAGACCAUGAAUCUCACGCCUUGCUCGCCAGAGGAGGCCCGCGCCCACAGGCACUGGCAGGAGCCGCCUGAGAACCCUCAGGAGAUUGGUGAGUACAGAAAGGCCCUGGGCUCUACGUUGGAGGGUCUAGAGCGUCAGAUCACAUGUUCGCAGGAGCUCAAGAUGGACGCAUCACAAGUGCAAGGCUUACGACAUGAGUGCGCCGUGGUAUUGCACCAGCUCAUGUACUCUCGCGCGGCCUCUGCCCGCACGGCCAAGCAGUUCAACUUCGCCAACCGAGCAAAGCGCAGGAGGAGCCUCUCGGUCGCGUGCGCAGUGGCCAGCUACCACGCGCUCGCCGAGCACACCAGCGGGCGCACGACCACCAAGUACGCCAACCACGCGAAUUCCGCCUGGAGCUACACCGUGCUCGGGCUCAGCGGAUUCGAAAGCGGAUUUCUCCACGCCAGGGUUGUUAGCGAGUACGCAGCAUUCGCAGCAGGCGAGAGGCCCGCGGGCGCCAACAGCACUCCGCCGGCGCCUGCCGCGGGCGCCAAGAGCGAGGAGCGCCAGGAGCUGACCGUGGAGGAGCAGCUCGCCAAGGAGCAGGCCCUACGCCAGCAGGAGGAGAGGGCGGCCCAGGAGCAGCGCGAGCGCGACGCCGAGCGCGAGGCCGAGGAGAAGCGCGCACGCGAGGCGGAACGCGAGGCCCAAGAGCAGCGCGAUCGCGAGCAGAAGGAGGGCGGCUUGCGGUCGCUCUUCUGCAGCAUGUCGUACAAGUACUUCGCGCCACUCCUUGCGAUGCUGGACCGGCUGGGGCAGCCUCGCCCUCUACGGCUGCUCUCCGCGCUGGUGUUCGCGAUCUUGCUCUCGAAGCCGUUCCCGCUGAAGAAGUUGGCGCUGGAGGAUUCCUGGUCGGCUUUGGAAGGAAACUCUGGCACGUUCCAGCCCUGGUUCCGGCUUGGUGCCGCCGCGGCGUGGCCCUUUGGACGCCGCUGCGCGGCGUCGGCCGCGCGGGAGGUGCGGAAGGCGGCGGCCCCUGCCGAGCAGCCGUGGGCGGGCGGCACACUGGGCCUCCCGGGCGCUCGCGGCGCCCAGGAGGCCACGCUGCGGGCGGGGGCCGAGGCCGCCGACGAGGCGCGCGCCGAAGCGGCGCGCGCGAGCCCCGCGUCCGGGCGGCGCGGCGCCCCGCGGUAUGGACAGGUGACGCUGAAGACGAUCUACCUGCCCAACGGGGUUGUCUUUCUCGUGUUGCUGGUCGCCGGUGGUCGAUUCUUCCAUCAGCAGCAUGUCAGGUUCGAGGAGCCGUCUUUGUACAAGGAUGAGGUACGGCAGCUCGUGACAUUGGCAAAGAAAGCUAAUGUUGACGAAGCAGCCGACAAAUACUGGAAGCAGUAUGACAUAAUCGUUGAGCUGGAGACGCCCGCGCAUGCGGUGCUCAAGCGGGCGCAGCAGUUUCCUGAUGGUGGUGGUGCUGCUCGCGGCCUUGGUGGCGGUGCUCGCCCCCCUGCCGCGGGCUCGAAGCGUGAGCAGAGGCUGGAAAAGCAGGUGCAGGAGCUCACCAAGCGCGUGGCCGCGCAGUUGGAGUUGGCCAUCGCAGCGCGCAAGAGCGAGUCGGCAUCUGCAGCCAAGGCGAUCCUGGAGGAGAACUUCCGAGGCGUCAGGGCGCAUAUUGAAGCCCGCAAGCCUGGCCUCACGCAGCACAACAAUGCGGGGCACAGGCUCAACAGAUGCAAGGCCCGCCUGGCCAAGGUGGAGUCGGAGGUCACCGACAUCACCAAGAGGUUGGAUGAGAUGCAGAAGGAGAAGAUGGAGUCGGUGCAGAAGCGCGACAACAUGCAGAAGGAGCUGCUGGAUGGCAAUGCGGAGAUCAAGGCAAUGGUGGACUCCGAACCGUUCAAGGAGUUCGCAAAGCUGUUCCGCCUCCAUGUCACAUCGGGAGCCCAACGUCCUGAGACGCCCGUGGCGCCACCUGAGGGAGCGGCUGGUGCGCGCGUGGGCCAGCCAGUGCCAACAGGCGAUGACGAGUUCGAUGACAUGCUCGUUGAUGAGCAGGCGGCCGAUGACUUCUGUGAGAAGCACAAGGGCGACACGAGGGCUAUCCUGGAGGAGUCUGUUAUCGAGUCGCUGGUCUCUGUGGCGGCGGACCUUCACAGCGUGUUCACCCAGGCGGUGUGGAGCGCCGUCACAAGGCCCAGCCAUGCGCAGUUUUCGGUCAAGGACCUGUGCGCGAUGUGGAGGGAGGUCAAGGGGGAAGACCUGACUCGGUCAGGCACCGCAUCUACGAGCGUCAGCAUCAGGAUUGGCCAGGCCAACUGGCGAGCAGAUCUCGAGGCCAAGAAGGCCAUCGGGCUGCAUGCGCACCCGUCGGAGGCUGAAGCCAAGCAGUUAGAUUGGACCAUCGACCAGAUGCGCAAGUGCGCACGGCUGAUGGACGACAACACGAGCGCCCUGAGCUUGGAUGCGAAGGUUUCCCUGAGAGAGUGGCUGAGCUUCUGGUCUCUGCCCCCGAUCACGGACACAAGCUGGCGAGCACCCAGCCUGGCAGCAUUCGCAGCGGUGGCCAAGUUUUGUCUCGGCUGCGCAGAGGGCUUCAUCCUUUGCGCUGCGCUGCAGUCUCCUGUGCUGAACCUGAAGAACAGUCAGGGGCGAAUCCUGGGCGACGGGCGCCAUGUCCUCGAGGCGGCGUCUGCUGGGCAUGUCCUGAAGGUUUCGAAGGGGGUCGACGCACUGCACUCGAAGUUCGCCAAUCAAGUGAAGGUCGAGUUUAUCCGGCGGGCCUGGAGCACGCCGAGGCGACAAAGUGUGCAGGAAUUUCGCGGCACGCUGGCGCCAGGUCUUGUGGGCAUGUUCAAGUACGUCAUUUGGGAGAACGAUUUCGGGGAAUCGGUCAGACUCACGUUUGGCCAGUCCCCCAUCAAGGGCAUGCUGUUUCGUGCGAUGCUUGGCGUGACGCCAGUGGAGAAGGUACUCACGCUCCUCGACGACCUCAAGGCAAACAUCGAGCAGGAGGGCACGGCGGAGUCGCAGGAGUACGACAGGUUCGCCUGCUUCUGCAAGGACGCGACCGGCGGCCGCAGUUCGUCGAUCCUCGAGCGCAAGGACGAGUCCGACAUCCUGUCCGCCUCCAUCGCCGAGGACACGGCGAGCAAGGCGACCAAGGCCCAGGAGCUCGCCGAGAGGAAGGCGAAGCACGAGGAGAUGGAGGCCGAGCUCGCCUUCACCAAGGAUCAGCUCGCGAAGGACACGGCGCAGUACAAUUACAAUGCCGCGGACUUGUCGAAGGCCAUCUCCAGCCUGUCCAACGCUAUGACUGCGCUCCAUGACGCCAAGACCCCGCCCGGGGCCGCGGUGCUCUUGGCCUUGCGCAGCUCCGUGGCAAAGGGCUCCCAGCUCGCCCGCGCCCUGGACAGCAGGCUGCCGAAGGCUCAGGCGUUCUUGCAGGCCAAGGUGGAUCCCACCAGCCCGGAGUACAAGUACCAUUCGGACGGCAUCAUCUCGACCAUCGAGGAUCUGCACACCGAGUUCACCGCGAAGAAGGCCACCUUGGACGCCGACUUCACGUCGGCAAAGGAGGCCGCGGAGGCGAAGAUCGCGGCGUUGGAGGGCGACCUGAGUAACAACGACGCGGCCAUGAGUGGCCUCGAGACGGCCAUCAGCACCUUGUCCUUGAACCUCGCAGCGCACAAGGAGGGCAUGAUCAUGGUGGAGGCGAUCCUGAAGGACGACAAGCUCUACUUGAAGGACCUCACCGAGCGAUGCGAGGCUAGGGCCCACGACUGGGACCAGCGCUCGCAGAUGCGCGCGGACGAGCUCUCGGCCAUCACGGAGGCGCGCGCAAUCAUCGCCGGGCGCGUCCAGGGCAUGGACGAGGCCGUCAACAUCAGGGCCCUCGUCCAGAGCGGCCAGGCCGCCAAGAGGCCAGCCGCGAAGGCGGCCGUCGUGCCGCCCUCGUUCGUGCAGAGCGCCGCCGUGCGCGCCCACGACCACCAGGCGGCCGCCAACGCCGCGAACGCAACCGAGCUGAGCCAGGCACAGCGGGAUUCCACCGUCGAGCUGUUGGCCAAGGAGGGCAUCCGCCUCAAGAGCCAGCCGAUCUCCAUGCUGGCCAUGAAGUUGGCUGGGGAUCCCUUCGCCAAGGUCAAGGAUUUGAUCCAGGGGCUCAUCGAGAGGUUGCUCAAGGAGUCCAUCGGCGAGGCGACGAAGGAAGGGUUCUGCAACGAGGAGCUUGGCAAGGCGGAGAAGGACCGCGACUUCAGGUACCAGGAGGUCAAGACCCUGAAUGUGGAGGUCGCCAGCCUCGAGCUCAAGAAGGACGAGCUCGAGUCGGAGAUCCAGGAGCUCACGGAUUCCAUCGCGGGCCUCUGGAACGACCUCAACACCUCCACGGAGCCGGCGGUGGCCUUCCUUACCCGGUCGAGCAUCCGGCUCCCGGGCCGCCUCCUCACGCCCCGCCGGCCGGCCUCCUGGAAGGAGCCGGCGGUCAUGACACAGAACGGCAUGGAUCCAACCUUGCCGAGUAACGAGCAGAUGACCAAGGUGUCGAUGUGGUUUUCAACGGCUCUACGCCACAGUCCAUAUUACAAGGACAAACAUAAUCGAUACUUCGAAAAGGUCAGCACUUUUGAUCCAAACGACGGCUGGGUUGUCGUUGAUGAUCUGCUGACAAACUGGACUGAAAAUGAUCAGUAUAAGCACUAUCGUGAAAUGCACGAGGUGCUGAUCAAAGGCACGGACGAUUCCGUGGCCCAAGCGGACGAGUGGCGCUGCGUCUUCGUGUGCUGCAUCAAGAGGCGCUCGCGCUCCGCGGCGGACCUCGCUCUCGACUACGAGCGCGACUGCGUGGUCCACGGCACAAGCAUGCCCGGCGGCAAGAAGAAGGAGCCCACGAACGCCGCUCGCGAGUUCCUGGCGCAGCAUCGCGGCCAGGAGGUCAUCGAGUCGAGCAACUCAGAAGCCGCGGUGGAUCCCGCAGCCGCCGCUGUGGCCGAGCGCAGCGCGGGGAGAUCCUCGGCCGCGGGCCCCGCGGAGCCCCCGCCUUCGCUGCCGGCGAGUCGAAACCAGCGCAGUCAUCCCGACGAGUACCUGCAGACCUACGGCAAGCAGCACGGAUCGGGAACGAAGUGCGGCUUGUGCGGGGAGAAGAUCGGGCGGGAGCCUCGGUGUCGACGAGACCCCGACGCCCCGAGUGCCGCGGAGGCUGCCAGGUCGGCAGCGCGUGCUGCAACCGCCACGGUCGAGUUCCUGAAGAACGAUCCAGGGUUCAAGGCAGGUGGAGCAGCCUUGAACACCGUGAAUGGCUUGUCAGCCCUGCUGCAGUCUCUCCUGUGGCAGCUCCACAACAUCCUGCAGGGGAUCCAGGCGCUCGGGAACGCGCAGAAGACACUCGACGAGAUGGCGGCCCGCAUCCUGUCGGCCCUGGAGCAGCCCACGCAGGGGGGGUUCGAGAACGAGACCACCCAGUGGGAGGUGCUCCACGAGUUCUAG